AUGGCGAAGAGCCGAGGGAAAACAAUUGGCAUAGACCUUGGAACCACGUACCUCGGCGUCGCCAGUGAUGGCAAGAUGAUCCCCAUUUUGUAUGGGAACGAACUGUGGCCCUCGAUUGCCCAGAUUACAGAGAAAGGCAAGUGGUCUCUUCGCGGACUGGAAAAGACACCCCCUGUCGAUUGGAGGAUGGACGUCGAAUUCUCCAAGCUGCUGAUCGGGCGUCCGAAGAGUGAUGGUAGCCUGGAAGGAGAUGUUGAGAGCAUCCCAGGGGCAGCCAUGGACGAUCGCGGCGCCUGUUACAAGAUUUUCGACCGAAAGUAUCGCCCAGAGGAGAUAUCGGGAUUCCUCCUCGGCAAGAUCUACCAAGAUAUCGUGAAGCCUCGAGGCGUGAUGGAUAAAGUGAUCAUCACUGUCCCGGCUUAUUUUGGCGAGGCGCAAAGACAUUCAACACUGGUUGCCGCCGAAAUUGCUGGCUUUGAUCCCUCUGUUAUCGACCUGGUGCCGGAACCAGUCGCGGCUGCUGUUUAUGUGACACGCUCGUGGGAGAAAGUCCACGAGAAAACUGUUGUGGUAGUUGACGUCGGCGGCGGUACGACUGAUCUGACUGUUAUUCAGAUCUUUCAAGAGGACCGCAUCCGAAGGUUUUGUGUGCUCGCUGUAGUAGGGGAUAACAGGCUGGGCGGGAAGAACCUAGAUGAUCGACUUCUAGACUUGGUCUGCGCCAGAGCUAAAGAUAAGACUGGCAAGCGACCCGAGAAGAAAACCAUUCGAGCGGAUUGCGAGUCGGCAAAACAAUCCCUAUCUGUACAUGACGAGGUCAAUAUCGCUGUUGCUAUUGACGAUACGGAGCCACCUGAGAUCAAUAUCUCAAGGAAGGAUUUUAUCAGCGCCUGCCGAAAGGAGAUGCGGUCCUUCGAACAACUUCUGAGGAAACUCCAGUUGCGGGAGCGUACCGUUUGUGAUGCACAACACCUUAUAUUCUCGGGUGGCUCUUGCAACAUCCCUGAGAUCAAAGCCCUUGCUAAGAAGGCCUGCCCAAAAGCUACUGUCGAGGAAGUAGUCGCUGAUAAAGCUGUUGCUUUAGGCGCUUCAUGCAUUGCCUCUGAUCCCCUCAUUACUAUUACACCAAGCCUCCCAAAAAAUAUCGGGAUAUGGUGCCGUAACGGUCAAUUGCAGGUUAUCGCAGAGCAAACGGCGCUCCUUCCCGGUAAAUUUACGGGAGCACUUUUCACUCAUGAGAAAACUAAGGAUGUUAUUGAAUUUUCUGUUAUGGAAGGAGACACUGCGGAUGCUAAGAGAGCGACUGAAGUUGCCCAGUUCUCCAUUACGGACCUCGGUUCUCCCCCAUCCGGCACUAUGAUCAAAGUGAUUGUCGAAAUUGAAAAGCCGGGCACCAUGGAUGUGCAAGCAAAGAUGAUAACUGAGAAAGGAGGAGCGCGCGGUGACCAUAAAGAAGACGAUACUGGUGAUCUAGAUAGUGAUACUGAAGCUGGUGUAACUGGGGAUGUUGGGACGAAGGAUGGUGAGGUUGAAGUGGGUGAUAUUACAGAUGGUCAUGCCGAAGAUGGUCUAGACGAGGGUGGUCCAGUUGAAGGCGGUUCAGGCGAAGAUAAUACAGUCGACAGUAGCGAAAUUGAAGCGGAAGAGGCGAGAGAUCCUGGGGCGAAGGAUGGGCAGGAUGAAGCGGAUGGCACCGGAGAUGUUGAAGUUGGAGAUGGCGGCGCUGAACGUGACCCGACCGAAGGUGGCGAAGGUCAAGCGAUUGAUACCGGAGAUACUGAGACAGGAGAUGGUGAAGUCGAAAAUGGCUCAGUCGGAGCUGGUGGCGCAAAGCCCACUGGUAGGGACGGCGUUCGAGCUUCCAGCCAGAAGAGAAACGGCCCUUCAACUCGAGGCACCAAGACCUCUGGCCGAGCUCGGAAAAAGGCUAAGAGAGGUAAAUAA